AUGAAAAAAUUCACUUAACAAAUGAAUAAAAUUUUAUGGAUCGGAACUCUCAACAAGUCGCUUGCCUACGGCGGCAAAAAGGAGGCAUCUCUUCUUAGGCCCAGUGAGAAGAUCUGGUUGAGUGCGGCCAGGCAAAGGGUGCAGAAAUCCCAGGAGGGCUCACCACCACCGAACUUCAGAAGAAGAAGCAAGAAGUUCUACGGAUACAGCAUUGUGCUGGGCAGUCUCUUCAGCACCGUACUGUGGGCCAUCUAUGAGCUGGGCAAACCGGAGGUGGAUCAUCGGGGACCCAUCGAGGAUGAGUUCAGUCAGCUGCCCUGGUUCCGUCAGUACCUGAUGAGGAUGUGGCACUCGUUGCAGUAUUACCAGAAGAUGAUGGAGGAGCCGCAGAUGGUCAAGUUGCUGCCAGACGUCUUGCCAGCUCCCUACAUACAGCCUCCCUACUCGCUGGUCCUCGAGAUCAAGGACGUGCUGGUCCAUCCGGAUUGGACAUACCAGACUGGUUGGCGGUUCAAGAAGCGACCUGGGGUGGAUUACUUCCUGCAGCAGUGCAGUCGGAACUUUGAGAUUGUGAUCUACACUUCGGAGCAGGGAAUGACCGCCUUUCCUCUCUUGGACGCCUUAGAUCCCUACGGCUACAUUAGUUAUCGGCUGGUGAGAGGCGCCACGGAUUUGGUGGAGGGUCAGCAUACGAAGAACCUGGAUUACCUCAAUCGGGACCUAAGUCGUGUGAUUGUGGUGGACUGCGAUCCGAAUACCACGCCCCUUCAUCCGGAUAAUAGCUUGGUGAUGACAAAGUGGCUGGGAAACGAUGACGAUGUGCAACUCUUCGAUCUCACGGCCUUCCUGCAAUUGGUGGCCGAGCACCAGGUGACCGACGUGAGGGAGGUGCUGCGAUACUACCGCCAGUUUGAGGACCCCAUUGAGCAGUUCAAGGACAACCAGCGCCGGCUGCAGGAGCAGAACCAGGAGAACGUCCAGGCCUCCGCCACCGGAGAACGUCAGUGGAACCUAACUUUAAUGGGACGCUCCUUUCGGGGCUCCUAG